UUCGAUUGUAUUUAUCAUUAUCUGUGCCACGGAAUGCAUUCUAAAGGAUGGAAACGUUUGGAAAGUACAGGGAUAUUAAUAUCGUUUUAUACAAUCACAAAAAGUAUGAGCUUAUACUAAUGUUGAUACCAUAUUUUCAGAACAGGGCGGUGUCGUUAUGAUGGAAUUUCUUUGACCUGCCAGAGAAUGUGCAGAAUGCAUGGAUUUUUUCCAAUAAAUAGGAUAUCAAAAUCAAUAAAUUAACUGGGCUACACUUAUAAACUAUUUACCCAUUUUACAUACAGCAUAGCUCACAUCUGUUGCUCUAUGUCUGAAGUGAGUCUCAAUGGUUCACGAGCAACAGUUGGUCAUUAGAUCAACAAGUACACUAGGAAGACAUUGUCUGAUGGAAGUCUGACAACUGCAAAUUGAUUUUAUUAACUAAUUCCGUCAAAAUGUUGCCGAAAAAGAAAGAUUCUGCAUCGGGAAUAAAUGAUGGUAUUGCUGGGAAAUAUGUCAAAAGAGACACUCCGCCUAUGUUGAGAAAUUACCAUACUCCUGUAAGACAGACUCCAAACUUCCAGAGGAGGAGUUCAAAAACACCAGCAUUUUACGUACCACAACAACCCAUCAUCCGUCCACCCGUGUCACGCUCUGUCCUGCCAACAUCACCUAUGACCUUCACGAACACAAGCAGUUCCUAUGAACGCCAAGUACACACUCACAUCAACAAGUCACAGCCCCAGAAACUGCCUCUCAGCAAACCAGUGCAGAUGCCAGUGUCGCAAAUCACACAUGGACUACAGAACAUGCAAGUGUCUGGUCAGAGUGGGGACCAGUUCCAUAAACCUAAUGUUAAUCUGUCUCAGCCAGGGGGUUUUCCCUACCAGCCUGCUAAUACAGGGUCCAACAGUUCACUAAGUACUCAGGGGUCAACGUCUAGUCGUGCAACCACUGGGUCAUCGGGGUACCAGAGUGGAGGUUCUGGUGUCCAACAUUUUGUCCAGGAAGUUAAACAACCACAGGUAUCGCAGGCAAACAGACUUGGGAAUCUGGGAGCCAUCAGAGAAGACAAUAAAGAUGACAUGUCUGGCCAUUAUCAUGGUAACUACGGUAAUGACUACCAUAGUCAGUAUGAUGAGAACUACCAAAUCCAACAAUACCACCAAGAGAUACGCAAACACUAUGCCCAGCAGAAUCCCGGUGGACAGAUUGUAAAACAAAGUUUACAUGGCUCUACACAGAAGGAGAUUCAGACAAGUGUCCCAUCCUCUGGUGCCUCAAGUGGGUUCCCUGGUCAAGACGAGAUGGCCUUACCAACAGGAUGGUCAAUAGACUGGACAGUGAGAGGGCGAAAGUACUAUAUAGACCACAACACGCAGACAACCCAUUGGAGCCACCCAUUUGAAAAGGAAAGUUUGCCAAUGGGGUGGGAAAGGAUCGAGUCCAAGGAGUUUGGAGUAUACUAUGUCAACCACUUUAUGAAAAUAGCCCAGUACCAGCAUCCAUGUGCCCCGACCAUGCCUCAGUUUAACCUCGCCUUCCAGUAUCCUCAGCGACCUGGACUCCCUCAGCAGAUAGAGUACCGUCCAGCUCGUCAAACAAAUGUGCUAGUGCCUGCAAAUCCUUACCUUUAUACAGAAAUCCCUCAGUGGCUGAGUGUCUACUCCAGAGGAGCACCCGAGCAUGACCACAAGUUAAAGUGGGACCUGUUCACUGUCAGUCAGCUGGAACACUACGAUGCCAUGCUAAUGAGAUUACACAAACAAGAACUGGAACAAAUUGUGAUGAGUUAUGAAAGUUAUCGUAUGGCUCUGAACCGUGCGAUGGACAUUCGUAAAAAGGAACAGCAGCCGUCUCAGUUACCUAUGCAGUUAGCCUUACCCCAGAAUCUCGAACACCAUGACUUGUUACAACGACAGUUACCAGCAUUACAGGAAGCCCUACAACAAAAAAUGAUGGCACAAAACAGUGGAAACCAAAAUAAAGGACACUGGCAUCAGUUAGAUCCACCAGGAAAACAACAUGUGUUACCACAGCAACAACAGAUACCACAGCAACAACAUCACCAACAGCUGCAACAACAUAUACAGCAUCAUCAACAACAACUUCAUCUGCAGCAGCAACAGCAAGAACUCCACCUACAACAACAGUAUUUACAGCAUCAGCAACAACAAUUACGUCAGAAGGAACUACAGCUACAACAGCAGCAACAGUUUCAGCAACAGCAUAUAAAACAACAGAUACCACAACAACAGUCUCAGCAGCAACAAUCUCAACAGUCACAACAACAGAACAGAUUGCUAACACAGAACAUAGAAACAAAAGUAUGACCGUGAAUGUCACGGGGUAUAAGGGCUCCAACAAAAAUAUGGCUGUACAGUUCUCAAGUUAAAUCCCACCAGUUGUUACCUGUAAACCCAUUUCCACCCGUGUCUCAAACUCACUCAGAUAUUUGCUGGUCUCAGCUAGUUAGAGCUGUCAGCCUGUGGACGGUUUCACUGUGAGUUAGGUAGAGCUGUCCGCCUGUGGAUGGUUUCACUGUGAGUUAGGUAGAGCUGUCCGCCUGUGGAUGGUUUCACUGUGAGUUAGGUAGAGCUGUCCGCCUGUGGAUGGUUUCACUGUGAGUUAGGUAGAGCUGUCCGCCUGUGGAUGGUUUGACUGUGAGUUAGGUAGAGCUGUCCGCCUGUGGAUGGUUUCACUGUGAGUUAGGUAGAGCUGUCAGCCUGUGGAUGGUUUCACUGUGAGUUAGGUAGAGCUGUCCGCCUGUGGAUGGUUUCACUGUGAGUUAGGUAGAGCUGUCCGCCUGUGGAUGGUUUGACUGUGAGUUAGGUAGAGCUGUCCGCCUGUGGAUGGUUUCACUGUGAGUUAGGUAGAGCUGUCCGCCUGUGGAUGGUUUGACUGUGAGUUAGGUAGAGCUGUCCGCCUGUGGAUGGUUUCACUGUGAGUUAGGUAGAGCUGUCCGCCUGUGGAUGGUUUGCACUGUGAGUUAGGUAGAGCUGUCCGCCUGUGGAUGGUUUGACUGUGAGUCAGGUAGAGCUGUCCGCCUGUGGAUGGUUUGACUGUGAGUUAGGUAGAGCUGUCCGCCUGUGGAGGGUUUGACUGUGAGUUAGGUAGAGCUGUCCGCCUGUGGAUGGUUUGACUGUGAGUUAGGUAGAGCUGUCCGCCUGUGGAUGGUUUCACUGUGAGUUAGGUAGAGCUGUUCGCCUGUGGAUGGUUUGACUGUGAGUUAGGUAGAGCUGUCAGUCUGUGGACGGUUUGACUGAGUUAGGUAGAGCUGUCCGCCUGUGGAUGGUUUCACUGUGAGUUAGGUAGAGCUGUCCGCCUGUGGAUGGUUUGACUGUGAGUUAGGUAGAGCUGUCCACCUGUGGAUGGUUUGACUGUGAGUUAGGUAGAGCUGUUCGCCUGUGGACGGUUUGACUGUGAGUUAGUUAGAGCUGUCCGCCUGUGGAUGGUUUCACUGUGAGUUAGGUAGAGCUGUCCGCCUGUGGAUGGUUUCACUGUGAGUUAGGUAGAGCUGUCCGCCUGUGGACGGUUUGACUGUGAGUUAGGUAGAGCUGUCCGCCUGUGGAUGGUUUGACUGUGAGUCAGGUAGAGCUGUCCGCCUGUGGAGGGUUUGACUGUGAGUUAGUUAGAGCUGUCAGGCUGUGGACGGUUUGACUGUGAGUUAGGUAGAGCUGUCCGCCUGUGGAUGGUUUGACUGUGAGUUAGGUAGAGCUGUCCGCCUGUGGAUGGUUUGACUGUGAGUUAGGUAGAGCUGUCCGCCUGUGGAUGGUUUCACUGUGAGUUAGGUAGAGCUGUCCGCCUGUGGAGGGUUUGACUGUGAGUUAGGUAGAGCUGUCCGCCUGUGGAUGGUUUCACUGUGAGUUAAGUAGAGCUGUCCGCCUGUGGAUGGUUUGACUGUGAGUUAGGUAGAGCUGUCAGUCUGUGGACGGUUUGACUGAUUUAGGUAGAGCUGUCCGCCUGUGGAUGGUUUCACUGUGAGUUAGGUAGAGCUGUCCGCCUGUGGAUGGUUUGACUGUGAGUUAGGUAGAGCUGUUCGCCUGUGGAUGGUUUGACUGUGAGUCAGGUAGAGCUGUCAGUCAGUGGACGGUUUGACUGUGAGUUAGGUAGAGCUGUCAGGCUGUGGAUGGUUUCACUGUGAGUUAAGUAGAGCUGUCCGCCUGUGGAUGGUUUGACUGUGAGUUAGGUAGAUCUGUCAGCCUGUGGAUGGUUUGACUGUGAGUUAGGUAGAGCUGUCCGCCUGUGGAGGGUUUGACUGGGAGUUAGUUAGAGCUGUCAGGCUGUGGACGGUUUGACUGUGAGUUAGGUAGAGCUGUCCGCCUGUGGACGGUUUGACUGUGAGUUAGGUAGAGCUGUUCGCCUGUGGAUGGUUUCACUGUGAGUUAGGUAGAUCUGUCAGUAUGUGGAUGGUUUGACUGUGAGUUAGGUAGAGCUGUCGGGCUGUGGACGGUUUGACUGUGAGUUAGGAUCUGUUGGUGGGGUAUUUAUUAUGAAGCUGAAUAGAUUGUCAAAUCAAAAUACAGUAAUAUGUGUAAUGAGACUGUGAUAAUAUGGAGUGGCCAUGAUUCGGUUUGUUUACAGUGUUACGUCAUUAUCAGGAAUCAUUCAUCCAUCCUGUUGUUGAAGCCCUCAUACACAACAUUACAUUGUCUUGUACUGUCAAGGACAAAAAAAAUAAGUCAAAAUGUGAUAUGGUGCUCGGUUAUUUUGUACAGUUUUGUGUACUGACUGCUGUGAGUUGUGUAUUGAAUAUUACCAUAAAUAUAGCCAUCUAUUUUCACUGAUGAUAUGAUUUGUGUACCAAAUACCUAUUGGUGUCUAUAAUUAUCUGAAUUCUGUCCUAAAGCAGAAGGUGAUUUAAUCUUCAAUUUCAUUCUUGACAGAAAUUUGAUACUAUAGAUAUAUUUUUUGUACCCAGCAUUAAUAUCUGGUUUCACUUGAGUAUAUCGGGUACUCUGAAGCAUGUCCAUGGCUUUCAUUUGAUCUGUAAUUGAAUUUAACAUCAUCAAAAUUUGCUGAGCAGAUCUGUGCUGAAAGAAUAUAAUUGAAGGUAAGGUCCCCUCUUCGAUGUGCUUCUAUGGGCCAGCCUAAUAUUAACGGCUGGCCUUAGAGGUUACAAAAUGCUGGCAGUGCCAUGUAUGGUGAGAUUAUUGUGCUGCAUCAAUAAAUGUAAGGUUGUUAGGGGAUAGGGUAACUACAGGGGCAUGUGUGUACGUCUAGGAUGUUUUGAAAAAGCUGUAUAUAAUACGAUGGACUAAUUAUAAAUGAACAAAAUUACUGGCGUCUGGUCCAGGGGGCCAACACAUAGACUUUGACCCAAGGAGGGUUGGGCUUAUUGCAGGACAAUAAAGAGCAUUUGUAAUGUAAGGAUUAAACUGCAAUUGACACAAUUGGGCUUGUUACCAAGCAUGGGCUUACUGGCAGAUAAAUACACUACUACAUUAAGAGGUUAUAUUGUCCAAAAUGAGUAAUUACUUUUUUUCUAUGGUUAGUUUAAACAGCAGUGUCACAAUGACGUGUACAAUUGCAAACAUUUUCAUUGGGAUUGAAAAACAAUGUAAGUAUAUUGAUUGUCUUUACAAUACAGUUAUACAAAAUCAAUUAUAAAGUUGAGCAGGAAAUGACCUGUUUUGGAUAGAUCUGUCAUCUUUAAUGCUUGAUCUCAAUCCAACCCAGACUUGUACACAUGGCCCCUCUUGUUACGGCCCCUCUUGUUACUUCCCUUUGUUUAGUAGAAUUUGUAGGAAAUGAAAUUUCACUUAGAAUCAUGCUUUUAUAUUAGAUAUUUUUUAAUUAUAGUUGAGGCUUAUGAAGUUCCUCAGAUGCUAUGAUAUCUGUAAAUUGUUGUAAGUCCCUACUUGAGACAACAGGCUGUCAUGUCUUCUUCAGAGGGUAUUACUGAAAUGUAACAUAUCGUCAUGGCAAUCAGGCCGGGAUAUCUGCACUGGUGCUGGAACCACCUGACACACAAGUCUGGAUCGCUAUCACAACACACAGUAGCUCUAUAAUGAUACUGAUCAUUUGUAAGGAAAGCAACAUCUGUCACUGUGACUAGAAAACCUUUUUGUAGUAGUUUAAGGAAUAAGGUACAUUUUAAUAAUUUUUAUCGUACAGAAGAUAAGGAUGUAAUGGAACAGGGUUUCAAAUCUACAGGAUUAUAUAUUGAAGAAAACAUCUGGGUAAACUAAACCUGAUAUUUUCUUUCAUGUGGAUAAGAGGGAAAGGUUCAUUCCAUUAAUGUGAAUGUUAAAAAAAGGCUUAUUCCACUCAUGUGGAUAUGAAGAAAAGGCUUAUUCCACUCAUGUGGAUGUGAGGGAAAGGUUACCAACUCUUGUGGAUGUGAAGGAAAGCUUAAGGUUACCAACUCAUGUGGAUGUGAAGGAAAAGUCAAUUCCCCUCCUGUGGAUAUGAAGGUUUAUUCAAUUCCACAUAAAAACAUGAAUAAAUGUGAAUGGAACUGAUAUCAUUUGUUCUAUGUAUUAUGAUUGAUUUGUUGCAAUAUUUACAUCUAGACUGAUAUUUUUUUCAAUAAAAUAUUGUGAUGAAAAACUUUCACUGUAAAUGAUACAGAUAAGAAAAUUAGAAUGUGAAAUUGUCCUGCUUUUGACUCCUCAUACUGUAAACAUACAUGUUUUAGCAAUAAUCUCAUUUACAUACUUGUCUUGCUGAAAUUAUGGCCCUAAUUAUGAUUGUGCCAUCAUAUUAAUUUGUCAAAAUUAAAUAUUGUGCUAAAAAUUGAAAUGUGCCUUAAUGACUAUAUUUACUGUAACUGAACCCUUGUUAAUGAUGAAGUAUCAGAAGACACUGAAAAGGAAGGAGUUACUGCCUUGUCACAUCUUACCCAGAGAAGCUGGUAUUCCAGGUCUGAUGGAGUCGAUUUGGUUGUUAUGGUUACAUGUUCUCAUAAUUUAGGAAGAGCCCAGUUCUUAGUUUGGGGAAAUGAAUUGAAGAGCUCAGCUAGAUGCUCCAAGUGGAAGGAGUCACAAGCAGGUCUGAGUAGUGUGGUUGGUUGUCGUGGUUACUAGAUCUUGUACUUUGGGAGAAAAGAGCUUCAGACAGGUCCAAGUAUUGUUGGGUUGGUUGUCAUGGUUACUUGUAGUGUUGGGUUGGUUGUUAUGGCUAAUGCCACUUGAUGUCUCAUAUGUACUUUAUAUUUAUUGACACAACAGACUUUAACUGUCUGUUUUUCACUGAUCUCCUUAGAAAUGUGAUUCCACUCAUCUUUUCUAGUUUUUAUGUACAAAGGUAUUUGAUUGAUAGCAUAUAUAUUUUACUUAGAUUUUAUAAAAAAAUAUUGCUUUUUCUAUUUUCUUUCACUUAAAAAUUAGUGAUUUUCCCCCAGAAACGGAAUGAUCAGUUAGUUUUGGUAGUUGGACGAGCAUUUUUUAUUGGUCAGUACAGUAAUUUCAGGUGAUAUGUACAUACCUGUUCUGUGUUCACAGCUUAGGGUUUUAUAUUUGUAUAUAAACCUUGGCCAAUGCAAUUAGACUUCUGCUCAAUAAUGCUUUGAAGAAUUUUUACGACUGUUUGCCAAUGCUUUGAAGAUUUUGUUGGACUGUUUGCAAAAUGGUUUUUAACUUGUUUUAUCUUGGACCUAAUGCAUGAGGUAUCUAUAAUAUUUUACCCUGGGUCUAAUGAUUGCAUUGCUACACUUUGUGUAAAUAGCCCAGGAUGUAUUGGUGAACAGUCUUUCUGGUAUACAGCCUUUUAGGUUCUGGGAAGAAAGGUUAAAGGCUUCAGGACAAUUGGUCUGAUUCUUUUCUGAUAAACAAACUUUCAGACACUCUGUUCAACGUUACCAAUAAAAAUACUGUUGGACUCAGUAGCUAUUGUUAAACAGACAUUUGGACUCUGGGUCAAAUGAUAAACAGACUUUCUAACUCUUUGUCAAAUUCUCUAAAUGUCCUUUGCACACUGGCCAGGAUUCAGUUGUUAUUGCUAACUGAGUUGAUGUGUCUACAGAUUUUUAUAUUUGGUUUAAUUAUAAACAACUCUGGGUCUAAUGGUUCCUCAACAGUUAAGAGUGUGUAGACUUGUAUUUACGUGAUUGCCUCGAGGACAGACUGAUUGUCUCAAUAUUUUUGUAUAUGUUGAUACAAAUAUAUUUAUAGAUUUGAACUUUCAAGUCAUGUUUAUAUAAAAAAAAAUCCGCAACAAAUUGGGUGUUACCUGUUCAUAAAUCUCUGUAUUUGAGAACUGGCAAAGGGACAUAUUUCUUGAUAGUUUACUUUGUGUUCGGUUAGAAUUGUAGAUCUUUGUUAACUUUGAUUUCAAUAGAUUUGUUUUAAAUUGCUCAUUUCCCUGACAUCUCAAUAAUGUUAAAAUGAUCAUAUCCUUGUUAAUCUUGGAAAUCCCUUCCCUCAUGAAAAUAUUUCCUGAAAAACUUGAAAAAGACAUUGAAGAUACAAAGUUUUUAUUGAUGUUUGCCUCUGAAAUUUUAUAUGUUUUAUAUAAAAUAGUAAUGUUAGUUAUGGUGCUGUGCAGUAGCAGACAUUUGUAUCACUAGAGUUUGUAUAAUAUGUACAAAUUCAUCAUCCUGGAUAUUAUUGUAGAGAACCUUUCCAUAGACAUCAGAAACAAUCACAUGAUAUUCCUGGUCUGCCCAAGUCCGUCUUGAUUCCUAUAUUAUUUUAACACUGGAUACUUUAAUGGUAAAGGUGUUCCUCCUGGAUUCACAAUAUCACCGUUAUUGUACAGGUUUCCAUAUUUCUGUAGUAUUUUCCCUGUGGUACUGUUAAUAACUCAAUGUUAUAUAAGGAAUUUUCAACGUUUCUUAUUGUCUUCCAAAAGCGUUCGAUGGACAGGAAUACAACCUUUGGAAUUUUAAGGAUGAUCUCUUAUAAACUAUGUUAUUCAGUGUGUGGAAUCACUAUCAGAGUGGCCCAGUGGUUAAGGUGUCCCGACACCUCUGGGUUGCAAUUCGAAACCUACGUGGGGCAGUUGCCAGGUACUGACCGUAGGCCGGUGGUUUUUCUCCAGGUACUCCGGCUUUCCUCCACCUCCAAAAUCAGGCACAUCCUUAAAUGACCCUGACUAUUAAUAGGACAUUCAAAAAAAAUAAACCAAAUCUGAGACCGUGUCAGCUGAUUUUGUUUGUUUACUCACCCUUGAAGGGGAGUGUGACUGGAGAGAAUCGGGUAGUUUGCUGGUGUAGUUAUUACAUAAAUGUAAGUGUAUUGUAUAUGAAGGGAGUUUGUGUUGCAGGAAAACACAAAGAACAUUAAAGUGCAAUUAGUUCCUACAAUUUGUUUAGUCCCUGUUGGGUAUACAUGUUGUAGAUCAAUGUUUACCUACAUGCUAUGUAAUCUGUUGACAAUGUGUAUAUAUAUGUAUGAUCGCACAUUGGACAACAUUUGAUAUGUAACUUUGUCAUUGUAUAUUAUACCAUGCAGUAAAAGCCAUUCCUUCCAAA